AAACUAUAAAUAAUUUUUUAAAUUGUGUGCAUUCCGAGUAUUGCACAACAAGGCAAAGAAAUUACAUAUAGUUAUCGGAAUGCUUAUUUGUGUGAGGAACAGCGAAAUUGAAAUCUCCCGCCAUCAUGGCGAUAAAUGGCGUGAUCGUGUAUAUUGUCAGCGCUUUUUGUUCGGCCGCACUAGUUAUACGAUAGUUAUCGAUCGAAUACUGCAAUGGAUAAAAUACUCAAAGGAAUCAUGAAGUACAGAAAGUGUCAUCGGGAAGGAAUGGUGAAACAAUUUCUACAAGUUAGAGAUCAUCCCGAGCCAAAGGCAGUAUUCUUUACCUGCAUGGAUUCCCGGAUGAUCCCAACUAGAUUUACGGAGACGAAUGUUGGAGACAUGUUUGUUGUCCGAAAUCCCGGUAACAUUGUUCCGCACUCGCAACAUUUUGUAGACGAAUUUACUAUGUGCGAAUCGGCGGCGUUGGAACUCGGUUGCGUGGUAAACGAUAUAAGACACGUUAUAGUUUGCGGCCACAGUGAUUGCAAAGCGAUAAACUUACUCUACGCUUUACGGGACGAGGAAUUUGCGUCUCAAACAAACAGAAGAAUUUCACCUUUGAGAGCGUGGCUGUGCGCGCACGCCAGCAGUAGCUUGACAAAAUUCCAACAUCUCGAGAUCGUUGGUUUUCACGAGCCUAUUGUUUUCCAAGCUGAGACUCCAAUGAGAAAAUUCGUUGCUUACAUCGACCCGGAAAAUAAAUUUUCGAUCGAGGACAAACUGUCACAAAUCAAUACGUUACAGCAGCUUCAAAAUAUUGCGUCGUACGGAUUCCUAAAGAAACGCCUAGAAAGACACGACUUGCACAUUCACGCACUCUGGUUCGAUAUUUAUACCGGUGAUAUUUAUUACUUUAGUAGAGCCAACAAAAGAUUCAUAGAGAUAAAUGAAACAACAGAACCAUUACUUCUUAAAGAAAUUAAAAAAUAUUAUUCAUAAAUUGAUGUAUAUAUGGAUAUGUAUGUGUUCGCAAAAGUAUAUUUUUAAUGCUGUAGCCAUAUAUUAUUAACAUUAAUCUUCCAAAAAAA